AUGUAUGUAGGCCAGCCAGGUUCGGCGGGAUAUGGUCAUUUGGGAGAUGCGAAUGCAGCUUACUUUUAUGGUAGCGUUGAUCCGAGCAUGCAAGGACGACUGCAAGGCCCAGUUGGUUGGCAGCCUCAAGGUUAUCCGCCUGGUACUGCCGUCACUGGUCCACCGGGUGCUCCCAUAUAUCACCCCGGUAUGCGACCUGGUGCUCCAAUUCGACCUCCUUUGCCACCUCAAAUGAUGCAGCAAGGUCCAGUAAUAGAUGAGCAGCAGAGGUACGAAGAACAGCAGCGGCAACAUUAUUUUCAUCAACAACAAGCAGCAUAUGCUGUCCAGCAACAGUUACCGCGUACAACAACUCCUUCGUCUACCUUACAAGUUGACAGUCAGCAGGGUCAGGGUUCACAAAGUCGAGCACCAAGUACAGGUCCACCAUUGGCUACGACUCCAGAUAGUAAUAGCAGGCAAUCAGCUGAAGACAAUACACCCUUACGGCCACCAAGUCAUCCACAACAAGUACCAAAUCCAACGACCUCUUGUAACAUCCCGUCAUCUGGACCGUCACAACAGCAGCCUUCCGUGCCAUAUUAUGGGCAAUCGCACACGUCUCAAAUGUAUGGUGCAGCGGGCUUACGUCCAGGAACUGGGCCUCCUGGAACCCUGUCAAUGAAAACUGGUACUUAUCAUCAAGCUUAUCCACAGUCUCAGUCCGGAUACUCCGCCCAUAAUUACCAGGAAGGCUACCAAACAAUGCAUCCUGGAGUAGCAACUCAAAUGUACCAGCAGCAGGUCAUUUUUGCAUUCACUUGUAUUUUCAGUAAUCUACGUAGUGGCUCUGAUCUACUUUCUCAUGAGCAAGUGAUCAAGAAGGUUCUUGCUCAGAAUGUGCAGCAUAGACAGCUAUGUAGCAACCUACAAUUGGUAGAUUGCAAACCUGGCUGUUUGAAACUGAAGUCUGUAUCUCAAUUGAAUGGUAACUUUUGUGAUGACUUAAAAAAUUCUUUACUUAAGUCAGGACCGCAUGCGAAUAUACCAACUUCAUCCUCUAUGGGAAGCGCUCAAAUGGGUGCGGCAAUGGUACCACGGGUUUCCGGAACUCUACCUCCUGAAAUGCAGCAGCAUUAUGCUGCAAGACGACCGCCCUUUUGCUUACAAACACCUGGGCCAGCUAUAGCUUCUGCUGUUCCGGGGACAACUACUCGAUUAAGGUAUUCGACUCCACCGCCCAAUUCGGCAACACAUCAGCAGUUGCAGUCACAGUAUCCAUCGCAUUCCAUGGUUCAGGGAGGCCGCGUAGUUGGUGCACCAUCAAAUCCCUUUCCGCUUAUGGGACCAUCGACAUCAACAGGUUUCACGGGAAUACAUGGUACAACUGGAUCAUUAGGACAGUCAGCGUCAGGUCUAAAUGUUUUACCUAGUGGUAUGCAUACGUCCAAUGCUGCUUCAGGUCCGGGUUCAACUGUGGCUACAGUUAUACAUCCUUCAUUUGCCCAGUUUACUCAGCCUCAACCUAUGCAGUUUCCAGCAGGCAGUGUUGAAGCAACAACAAUCAGUCAACGAAGGAGACGGAAAUUAGUGAUGAAAGAUUUGAUCCGAGUGAGUACGAAGCGUAUAACGAUGGCUCUACGUAGCGGUUUAGAAACGGAAGCAACAUGGGCACUGAAUGCAUUGAAUGUUAUGCUAUACGACGACUGCGCUCCACCAACAAUGUUGAAUCAUACUCCUGGACUUCUGAACGUGCUCGUUGAGCAUUUCAGGGCACUGUUGUCUCUUCUUUAUCCGAAAGUGUUCGAGGUAAGUGCAGAAUCUAAAGCACGAACAACGGAUAAUGAAUACAGUGAGUUUUGGAUACAGUCUUCGGAAUUCGAACAUACAACAACACCUUCUUUGAUUGCAUCGCGGAGUUUAAAAAAUGAACCGACAAAUUUCACAAGGAUAUCACGUACAGGUCGAACAGUACAUAUUGAAAACAAGGAACUACCUGAAUGCUUGAAACGUGCCAGGCCAAGUGGAUGGUCGUGUGACAUUGCGGAUGAAACUCUUUCAAUGGAUUAUCACGAGUCGCGAAUGUUAAGUGGAUUAGGGGGUGAAACAUCAUCAUAUCUGGCAGCUCGGUUGGUUACUGAUAUUGAGUUCAGGAAACAGUUGAAAAAACCGAGAUUUUUUAUAAAGGAAGUGAAUGGAAUAUCAAAGGUGAUUGAAGCUGACAUCGAUGAAGUGGCGUAUUAUAACAAAAUUGAUAAGUCAAUGCGAGUCAUUCCAUCCGACAUGGAAAAGGCUAGUGAUGAGGAUGAAUACAAGAAGGUAGUGGAGCUGAAGACUUUACGACCAACGGCACUUUGCGUUCGUGACGAAUCGCGAUUACAAUUGGUAAGGCGUUGCUUAGCAGUUUCGAAUGUUCUGCGUGGUUUAUCCUUUCUACCUGGUAAUGAAGGGCCAAUGGCUAGACAUGCUGGCCUUUUGUAUAUCAUUGGGAGAUUGUUACGACUUUAUACGGACGAGAGGACGUUAAAAUUGCCGGGAUCGCUCGUAAAACAGUUGUCAAAGAAUGAGGAAAUUCAACCAGUUCUAGCUGUCGGCACACUUUCAGAAGCAAAUCGUCGUUUGAUGGAGCCUGGAGAUUUAUUAGAAUCAGAUGAUGAUGAUGCGUUAUUGCUGUUUGAAACAGCUUGUCAGUUGCGAGAAGAUGCAUUUGUUACUCUAGUACAUAUUAGUGUUCAGCUGGAUCUGAAUGAGUUUGAGUCAGAUGUUGCUUGGCCAUUAUUUGAUGCACUUAUUCAUUGGUGUGUAAGUAAGUGUGCAGAAGCGAAGGAUCCAUUGAUUUCAGCUGGCGUGUCUCCUAGGAACUAUGCAUUGGAAGCCUUGUGCAAGCUAUCAGUAAUUGAACAUAAUGUUGAUCUUCUUCUAUCCACGGGUCCGUGGUCGCGCUUGGAAAGUUUUAUCAAAAUGUUGGUCGGAUUGCUUGCUUUGAAUGAAGAAAUACCAAGCAGAGAGUUUGCGAUUGUUAUACUUUGUGCUUUAUGCACUAUUUCGGAACCGACAUGCUACGUUGUUGCGGCCGAAUCGCCAGCAGUGCAUUAUUUGGUGGCAUUUCUUGAGAUGGGCGAUGCAAAUAUGCAUCAGAUAGCACAGCAACACGGAAUCCAGGCACUUCGAGAUAAUCCAGAGAUGAUGGGUACCUCAGUCCCGAUGUUAAGGAGAGCAGCAUCUAUUCUUCAACAGCUCUGUAAAGUGCCAGCUUGCAGGCAACAUCUUACUCGGCAUCAGCAAAGGCUACUGCAGUUCACAAUGUCACAUCUGAUGGAUUCGCGAGUAGGACAGACCAUCACGAAUGUCCUAUACGCAAUGCAAUAUUUUUCGGAUAAAGAGAGGGAAAGUAUUGAAAAGGGCGCAGAAUCAGAUGAAGAGAGCUGCCAGCGAAAAGUGAUCAAAUUGAACGUAAGGACGAAUGGUGACGUGAAAUUAUUGAAAAAUGAAUCAGAAUCAAGAGAUUUCCCUGAAAAUAGCUCCAUGAAACGUGAUGCUGAACAUAAUGGUCUUCCAAAAGCAUUAGUAGAAAACGCAGAUGAUCAUGGAGACUACUCGAAACAAACAAAGGAUGAUAUAUCAUCACAUGCAGCGAAAAAGCAGAAAUUGGAGAAUGGUCUUUUGAAUUACCUACCGAGCAGCAAGGGUAGUAUUACCAGUUCUUCAACUCCGAAUUCUUUGAAACCUCUGGUAAAUGGUGAUGUGAAAGCUGCUGUAACAUCUGUCCAAGCUGUUUCCAGAAGCACUCCAGCGACACCAGCCGGUUCGGUACAAGCAGUUGCAUAA